AUGGGUUUGGCUAGGCGCCACGGCCGUUGGCAUCUUCCUCCUACUCAACAUGAUAUACAAUUACGCACAGACAUUGAGGAGCUUGCUUUAAGGAGCGCGUUGCAAUUACGGUUGGCGAAGAACGGGAUUGCUUAUCAAGGCUUCGCCGAUAGUGACAACUCUGAUGAUGAUACUACCGGCCCUCCCCCUUCUUCCUCUUCCUCAUCGGCAGCGAGUCCCUUCCCACUGUGCCGGAAGUGCAAUAGGUACAAGCCUCCACGAGCACACCACUGUUCAGUAUGUAAAGUAUGUGUGUUGAAGAUGGACCAUCACUGCCCAUGGCUCAAUAAUUGUGUUGGGCACCGAAACUACAAGUACUUCUAUCUCUUCCUACUGUACCUAGAGCUAUGCUGUCUAUUUGUGAUCCUCAUAUUCUUCAACCCCUUCUAUACGGUGAUGUUCCCAGCACGAGGGGCUCCUCGAUGGGACGUGUCCAUCGGCUACAAACAAGCAGUAGCGAUGUCAUUUGUCAUCUGCCUAGCGAUGGUCAUUGCCGUUGGCAUCCUUCUUGGCUUCCACACAUAUCUAGUACUCACGAAUCAGACCACGAUAGACUUCCAGUCCAACGCAUAUGAGGCUAGAGUGGCUAAACAGCAGGGGCGACUUUUCAUAAAUCCUUUCGAUUUGGGACGGGCCAGGAAUUUCCAUCAAGUUUUUGGAGACUGCGCGUUCUGUUCAUUCCGAUGGAUGAUACCGUGGGCCAAUUCGAAGCCGGCCCCUAAUUGUGAUGGUUACAUCUGGCCGACUAUUGGCGCUCGAGGACAUCCUCGAGACAGCAGUAGCGGCUAUCAUGUGAGGUUGAUACUCAAAACGGGCGCUUCGAGAUUCAUUCAGAUCAUCGAAAAGCGUUUGAGCGAAGCGGUGUUGGCGAUGCUUGAACUUGUUGAACGUGAUCAAGGCGGAGAAGAGCCCUCGGAAGAAAUACGCAAGGUUAUUAUAGAACGUCUGCGUAGUGUCGUCGCUGAUCUCCUGUCGGGAGCUAGAUUGUCCACUGAGAGAAGUUCGGCAUGCAGGCAUCUCGUAUCUGCACUAAACUUGGUAGUUAGAGUCUUCGAGUACCCCAAGGAGGAGCGGGAGGCCGCCAUAAAGGAGGCUCUGUUAGCUCUCCGAGGUGUGGUAGCAUCCUGUCCACUCACGCAGCAUUCGCCUGAUAGAAUGACGGCUGAGGCUCAGGACAGUGUCUUGGCGGCUGCAGGGAUAGUCUAUGUGGGACUAGCACUAUACCAGAACUGUAAGGAGCCAUGUACGGCAAACCGCUCGAGAGCUCAGGAUGGCCUGGGAUUCCUGCAUCGUUCGAGUGAUGUUCGGGAGGAAUUCGAAGGGUACAUUACACACCUCUACAGGGAAGUUCAUUUUCCUCACGCUGACAGCACUGAGUGGCCUGAGGCUACCGGUCUUGUACGGUUAGUGAGGCGACUGAAUGAUAUGGUGUGGGCAGCUGAGGUCACUGAUAGUGAUGCGGUGGGUACUGAAUUGAUAGUCGAGGACAUAGAGUGGGCGUCUCAGGCAAACUUUGUCCAUCCUGAUGGAUCUGUAAGGUGGCAAAUUGACUACACUUACGACCACUUUCUCGACCUUUCCCGUCGUUUGGCGAAAGCCAACCCAAAGUGUCCGCCUUUGCCGGCCACGAGGUAUUCCCUCAUCACUACCAUACUCAGCCAUCACGAUGACAUUGAUGAUCAACUAACCAGCGACCUCGGUCAUUGGGUGAAGAACAUCGUGGAGUCGGAGGGGGGCCCUAUUAUCGAACAGGCCUUCGGGUUGGGAGCAGCCCUGAGGAGACCCAUCGAGAGAGGCAAUUCAGAACUUGAAGACCAUCGAAGUUGA